CAGUUUCUUCCCACGAUAGGAACCGGUCUGUCGGGAGUUAAGCAAUAUACGAAGCAUCUAUAAUGCGAGUCGAUCGGCAUUUACGGGUUGAGCAUCUGGAGAAGGAGCUUGCAGAUAUUGAUCCACGUAUAACUUGUUCAUUCUCGGACGAUGAUGAAGUCGAUCCGCCUUCUCCUAAGAAGCCAAAAAUUGAAGAGGAAGACGGAGAUGACGUAGGAAGUAAGAGCGAUUUCGAAAACCACAGUUCUAAAUGGAAAAUCGACAGAGAAGCGGCAUUCGAUAAGUACAUGACGUAUGUCGAAGAGCAUCAAGGGUUUGAUGUGAAUCUGGACCUUAUUCCUCCUGGUGGUUUUCCCGGGUACUUUGGCAUUUAUCCUGUGGAUUUAUUUUGAUGUAAAUCCCGGAAUUAACCAACUUGUUAAACAGGCCACACACCUCGCCAUUAAGAGAUACAAUGAUCGUACUCCGGGCUCAAGGUUGGAAUUAGUUGAGAUAUUAAAGGCUAAUAGAAGCACAACCAUAUACUAUAUAACUUUUGUGGGUAAAGAAAUUGACACUGGGCAUUGCAGAAACUAUCAAACAAAGGUGUGCCAUAUGUUCUGGGCUGGAGACAUAGCCCGGACUAGAGUUUUCUUUGUGAGGCCAGAACCCGAACCAGGAAUGAAAGGCGAGGACGAGGAUGAGGAUGAGGAUGACGAUGAGGAUGAGGACGAGGCCAAGGCCGGGGACGGGGAUGGGGAUGCAGAUGAGGAUGGUGAUGAAGCUUAAGCAUUUGUAAAUCAAGUGCAUCACUUAUUUGUUUCUUCCUUUCAAUCUUUUUGCAGGAGUGAUAAAGCUUUAUUUAUAGGUUCAAAUGGUUCCAUUGUUAUUAAUCCUCAAAUUAUCACCCAGAAUUGAGUCACACUUAAGUUGAAUGAUUCUAAAAUGAUUUUCCCUAUAAAGCACAUGUUACAAC